AACAUGCAGGUCCCACAGGGAGGCAGUGCUAGGCGGGGACAGGAACCAGGUCUCAGCCCCUGGGCUUCGAGCAGCCUGCUCAGCCAGGUCCCCUGCGCCCCACAAAACCACCGGAAGAGGAUGUGAAACUCAGGCAGAGUGAGUGCUGGUGUGGCUCUGUGUCAGGGCAGCAUACUGGGCCCCCGCCACCCCAGCACAGCCAAGGGACCCGAUGUGCGUGCAGACCGGCUCCAGAGCCCCUGCGCCGCCCUCUCUGCUCCCAGCCCCUGUCAGCCCCCUUGCAGCCAGGGGCAGGACGUCCAUCCGGCCAGGGGCCUGCAGGAGCUGCACGCAGGAGAUCGGCGAGGAGCUGGUCAACGGGGUCAUCCAUUCCAUCUCCCUGCGGAAAGUGCAGGCACACCACGGCGCCAACAAGGGCCAACGCUGGCUCGGGUGUGAAAAUGAGUCAGCCCUGAACCUGUAUGAGACCUGCAAGGUGCGGACGGUGAAGGCCGGCACGCUGGAGAAGCUGGUGGAGCACCUGGUGCCCGCCUUCCAGGGCAGCGACCUCUCCUACGUCACCAUCUUCCUGUGCACGUACCGAGCCUUCACCACCACCCAGCAGGUGCUGGACCUGCUGUUCAAAAGCAGGUACGGUAGAUGUGAUGCCCUCACGGCCUCCUCUAGAUACGGAUGCAUCCUUCCUUAUUCUGACGAGGACGGCGGACCCCAGGACCAACUGAAAAAUGCCAUCUCCUCCAUUCUGGGCACCUGGCUGGACCAGUACUCGGAGGACUUCUGUCAGCCCCCAGACUUUCCCUGCCUCAAGCAGCUGGUGGCCUAUGUGCAGCUCAACAUGCCUGGUUCUGACCUAGAGCGCCGUGCCCAGCUUCUACUGGCCCAGCUGGAGCACGCAGAGCUCACGGAGGCCGAGCCCGAGGCUCUGUCGCCAGCUCCAGCGCCACUUCUAAAACCAGCUGCGGAACUAGAGGCGGCUUUGGCACCUGAGUCAGAACCAGAGCUAGAGCCGGCUCCGGAACCGGCUCCGGAACCGGCUCCGGAACCGGCUCCGGAACCAGAGCCAGCUCUAUCGCAAACUAUAGACCUAGAGGCAGCUCCGGUGCCCGAGCCUCCCUGGCCGUCACCUGUGGCUGCAGAAGAUGGCCUGAAUGAGAAGCCUCACCUCUUGGCCUUCCCUCCCGACCUGGUGGCAGAGCAGUUCACACUGAUGGAUGCGGAGCUGUUCAAGAAGGUGGUGCCCUACCACUGCCUGGGCUCCAUCUGGUCCCAGCGGGACAAGAAGGGCAAGGAACACCUGGCUCCCACUGUCCGCGCCACGGUCACCCAGUUCAACAGUGUGGCCAACUGCGUCAUCACCACCUGCCUGGGGGACCGGACUGUGACGGCCCGGGACAGGGCCAGGGUGGUGGAGCACUGGAUCGAGGUGGCCAGGGAGUGCCGUGUCCUCAAGAACUUCUCGUCUCUCUACGCCAUCCUGUCGGCCCUGCAGAGCAACUCCAUCCACAGGCUGAAGAAGACGUGGGAAGAAGUUUCCAGGGACAGCUUCCGCAUCUUCCAGAAGCUGUCGGAGAUUUUCUCGGAUGAGAACAACUACUCACUGAGCAGAGAGCUGCUCAUCAAGGAGGGCACCUCCAAGUUUGCCACCCUGGAGAUGAACCCCAAGAGAGCCCAGAAGCGGCCAAAGGAGACGGGUGUCAUCCAGGGCACCGUUCCCUACCUGGGCACCUUCCUCACAGACCUGGUGAUGCUGGACACCGCGAUGAAGGACUAUCUGUAUGGGAGACUGAUCAACUUCGAGAAGCGGAGGAAGGAAUUCGAAGUGAUCGCCCAGAUCAAGCUGCUCCAGUCGGCCUGCAACAAUUACAGCAUCACACCCGAGAAGCACUUUGGGGCCUGGUUCCGGGCCAUGGAGCGACUCAGCGAGACGGAGAGCUACAACCUGUCGUGUGAGCUGGAGCCCCCCUCCGAGUCGGCCAGCAACACCCUCAAGGCCAAGAAGAACGCGGCCAUCGUCAAGCGCUGGAGCGACCGCCAGGCCCCCAGCACGGAGCUCAGCAGCAGCGGCAGCUCCCACUCCAAGUCCUGUGACCAGCUCAGGUGCGGCCCCUACCUCAGCAGCGGGGACAUCGCCGACGCACUCAGCGUCCACUCGGCCGGCUCCUCCAGCUCCGACGUGGAGGAGAUCAACGUGAGCUUCGUCCCGGAGUCCCCCGAUGGUCAGGAAAAGAAGUUCUGGGAGUCGGCCUCCCAGUCGUCCCCGGAGACCUCCGGCAUCAGCUCGGCUUCCAGCAGCGCGUCCUCCUCCUCCGCCUCCACCACGCCCGUGGCUGCCACACGCACCCACAAGCGGUCCGUCUCAGGGGUCUGCAGCCACGGCUCCUCACUGCCCCUCUACAACCAGCAGGUGGGCGACUGCUGCAUCAUCCGCGUCAGCCUGGAUGUGGACAACGGCAACAUGUACAAGAGCAUCCUGGUAACCAGCCAGGACAAGGCUCCAGCCGUCAUCCGCAAGGCCAUGGACAAACACAACCUGGAUGAGGAUGAGGCGGACGAAUACGAGCUCGUGCAGGUCAUCUCCGACGACCGCAAGCUGAAGAUCCCAGACAACGCCAACGUGUUCUAUGCCAUGAACUCUACUGCCAACUAUGACUUUGUCCUAAAGAAACGGACCUUCACAAAGGGGGCAAAGGUCAGGCAUGGCGCCAGCUCGACUCUCCCUCGCAUGAAGCAGAAAGGGCUCAGGAUCGCCAAGGGCAUCUUCUAACUCGUCCCCGGUGCUGGCCCGCCACAGGGACCCCUCUUGCAGGGUCCGGCUGCCUGGGUAACUGAGCGCUUCCGGACUCCGGUGGCCCAGGCCAGGCGGGCACCCUCUGCCCAACCCGCCAGCUCAGGCCACCCCCAGACUCGUUUCACCCUCAACGUCUCCCGCUGCCGGGAUUGACGCCUGCUGCUUGACAGGCUGACCUGGCCUCCUGUGGACCACUCUCCGCCUUAGGUGCCUUCUGCUCUCCGGAACCAGAGGACCAGCUGACUUUGGCCGAGGAGCGCCGUCGGUGGGCACUGCCCUCUGUGCACUGCCCCUCACACCUGCUCAGGUGUGGGUCACUGCCACCUGUGCCCGUGGGCACCCCAGGGUACCUGCUCAUCCACCGGGUCUGACCACUGCAAUUCUCUCCUCCGCCCGCGGGCAUCGGCCCGUGCCCUUCUGGGGUCCCGGCCCCUCUUGGCCACCACACUAGCCUUUCCCGGGCCGCACCAAAGAUCCCACCGUCGGGGCCAGCAGAGUGAAGGAGUCUCGCCCACCCCCUGCCCAGCCCUCCCCCAGGAGAUUGGGGUCGGGGGGAACCCUCUUCACAGAUCACACUCUUCACCCGGUGAGUGAGGACGGUCUCAGCCGAGUCGCGUUGACACUGAAUCUCACGACACCGCGGGUGCCGCUCACUACCACACCCUGGGCUUCACGAGACCGUACGAGACGGGGGUUAGUGGGAAAGAAGGAUUUGGGGGAAGGGGAGGGGUGUUGAAUAUUUGUAUAAAAGGCAAAAACAAAACAAAACAAAAAGUUUACCAGUUGGGGAGGGGCAAUAUUUAUUUGUUGUAAAUAGCAAAUGCUAGACUUGAAUAUUCUAUUAAAAUCCAGUUUCUACUAUA